GUCAAAUUCUCGUGUUUUGUACUUUUCUUCCUCUUUCUCUUUCUUUUCUGAUUUUCCAGGCUUGGUAUUGAAAGCCAGAAAUGGGUCGUGUUAUUCGUGCACAACGUAAAGGCGCUGGGUCCGUCUUCAAGGCCCAUGUUAAGAGGCGUAAGGGAGCCGCCAAAUUAAGACCUUUGGAUUUCUCUGAACGCAAUGGAUACAUUCGUGGCGUGGUUAAGGAAAUUAUCCAUGAUCCCGGCCGCGGUGCUCCCUUGGCUGUUGUACACUUCCGUGACCCCUAUCGCUACAAAAUUCGCAAGGAAUUGUUCAUUGCACCAGAGGGCAUGCAUACCGGCCAAUUCGUGUACUGUGGCCGCAAAGCUACCUUGCAAAUCGGCAAUGUGAUGCCACUGUCAGUCAUGCCUGAAGGUACCAUCAUUUGCAAUUUGGAGGAGAAGACUGGUGAUCGUGGCCGUUUGGCACGUACAUCAGGUAACUACGCAACUGUGAUUGCCCACAAUCCCGACACAAAGAAGACCCGUGUCAAGCUGCCGUCUGGUGCCAAGAAAGUGGUGCCCUCGGCCAAUCGUGCUAUGGUUGGUAUUGUUGCCGGUGGUGGUCGUAUCGACAAGCCCAUCUUGAAGGCUGGUCGUGCAUAUCACAAGUAUAAGGUGAAACGCAACAGCUGGCCAAAGGUUCGUGGUGUGGCUAUGAACCCCGUUGAGCAUCCUCACGGUGGUGGUAACCAUCAACAUAUUGGUAAAGCUUCGACAGUCAAACGUGGUACGUCUGCUGGUCGUAAGGUCGGUCUCAUCGCUGCCCGUCGUACCGGUAGAAUACGUGGUGGUAAGGGAGAUAGCAAGGACAAAUAAGCUAAACUAUGAUCAGAAUGCGUGCAGGAGUAAAUAUAGAAGAAGUGAGAAGUUUGUGUAUUUGAUAGCGAAUACAAGGAAAUUAAUAUGGAACCACUUUUACACAAUAAAAAUCACUGUUUUAAAAAUUUA